AUGGGCAUUUCCUCAAUUGUUUCCCAAUAUUCGGAAUUUUACGAAACAACUGAACUGUACUCUGUCGAAAGGGCUACCAACACUUUGCCGGUGCUUCCCUCGCUCUCUAAAGCUAUCACUUCCUCGAGCUCAUCAUCAGAAACGGUUUCAACAAGCUUCAUAUUUUCAUCAACUGAGAAAUCUGCUUCAAAUACGAAAGAGUUGUUACUUGGAGCAGGUCAUACUUUGGGAAGCCCGACAUCUAUCAAUGAUUACGUGACAACCGCUCGUGUUUCAUAUUUGCAAACUGGUUUAGGAUCACCCUCAUUCAACCAAGGAUCAUCUAUUUCGGUGCCAUCUACAGUAACCUCAAUGAGUGUUGGAGAGUCAUCUUUCUAUCUUGUAGGAGUUGGUGAAACGAGCUUAAGUAUCCAGGUUUCGGGCUCCUCUUUGACGACAAUUGGUGAGAGUACUUUGAGUUCCAUUGUGAAACCAUUGACUACGACGUUAAUUAGUAAAGCGACAGAAAAUGCAGCAAAACCAGAAAUACCAGCUGCAAACUCCAUUUCAGUUUUUGGUUCUGUGAGCACGGCAUCUAUUCAACCUUCAGCAUCUAAAAAGCAAAAUUUGCAUGAAACUGUCGAAAGCUCCAAUGUAGCAAUUGAAAUUUUAUAUUCAAACAGCUCUCAAAAUGGAAUAAAUAUGCUGGAAACUGUCUCAACGACGAAAUUAUCGACAGGUUUCCAUCUGCAAAGUCCGCUGUUGGUUGAGGGUAAUUCAAGUAACGAAGUAUCUUAUAGUUUGGCACCUCAUUCGAGUACGGAUUAUGAAGAGGUACGUGUGAGUGAAGCUGGUUAUGUAUCUACUCAAGGUGAAGCAACUGAAGGUGAAACAGCUUCGACUACUGAUCGCACAUGUACAAAAACCUCAGUUGAUGAAGUAAUGAGUCCAUCACCUGAUAAAUUUCAGCCGAUGAUUAAAUCAAGUCAACCCAGUGAGUCUUCUAGCGCCAAACUUCAACCACCCGAAGACGAACUUGUCUCAGAUGAUAUUAAAAACCCCUUGUCAUCGCCAUUACCACUUGUUGGUACUGAAAUCAUCACCGCUUUCCUAUUUAGUUCAAGUUCAAUAACACCGUAUUCUACUCGUCUGCCAACAUUGGUAGGUUUUGAGUAUAUUAAUGAGUCUAAUCAUUUAGUCCCCAGUUUUAUUGCACUACUACUUUUGUUUGUUUAA